AUGUACUUACGUCCAAUAUUACGUACCUUGGUUUAUGCUCAACGGCUUCAUUUCAACAACAAACUUGUAACCAUGACAGCAAUGGAAGCAAAAUAUAGCACUAAAAUAUCGGAUCCAAAUUUAAGUCUCCCAUUGGAGACAGCUGAUCCUGAAUUGUAUGCUUUGGUUAGUCAAGAGUCUCAGCGACAGAGGAAAGGACUUGAACUAAUAGCAUCAGAAAAUUUUACCUCAGUUUCUGUUUUACAAUGUUUAGGAUCUUGUUUAACUAACAAAUAUUCUGAAGGUCUUCCGGGUGCAAGAUACUAUGGUGGUAAUCAAGUAAUUGAUCAGAUUGAAGUUUUAUGCCAAAAAAGGUGUCUUGAAACAUUUUCUUUGGAUCCAAAUCUUUGGGGUGUCAAUGUCCAGCCAUAUUCUGGUUCACCCGCAAAUGUUGAAGCUUACACUGCGCUUAUUGGAGGAGGCAAAGGACGAAUAAUGGGCUUGGAUUUACCAGAUGGUGGUCAUAUCAGUCAUGGUCUGAUGGCUCAAAAAAAAAGAUUGUCUGCAGCAUCGAUAUUUUUUGAAACUUUACCAUAUCACGUAAAUAUGGAAACUGGUUUAAUUGAUUAUGACGAGUUGGAAAAAUCUGCAAAGAACUUUAAGCCUGAUAUUAUUAUUGCUGGCGUAACUUCCUACCCAAGGACAUUAGACUAUAAACGUUUUAGAACAAUAGCUCAGGCUAGUGAUUCUUAUUUGAUGGCUGAUAUGUCACAUAUUAGUGGUUUAGUUGCUGCUGGUGUUAUUCCCUCACCUUUUGAAUAUUGUGAUGUGGUCACUUCUACUACUCAUAAAACAUUAAGAGGUCCUCGAGCUGGAGUCAUAUUUUAUCGUAAAGGAGUGAAAUCAGUAUCAAAAACUGGUGAAAAUGUUAUGUAUGACUUGGAAGACCGUGUAAAUGCUGCUGUUUUCCCAGGAUUUCAAGGAGGACCUCACAAUAAUGCUAUUGCAGGAAUAGCAGCUGCUAUGCGUUUGGCAACUACCCAGGAAUUCAAAGACUACCAAAAAAGAGUUUUGAGCAAUUGUAAACAAUUAGCUGAAUCUCUUAAACAGCUUGGAUACAAAAUAUCCACUGAUGGUACAGAUGUGCAUAUGUUGUUAGUUGAUCUUCGGCCAAUUAAUUUGACAGGUUCUAAAGCUGAGUUUACACUACAAACUGUAGAGAUUGCGUGUAAUAAAAACACCGUUCCUGGUGACAAAAGUGCAAUGAAUCCUUAUGGUAUUCGUUUGGGUACACCAGCUCUUACUACACGAGGCAUGAUGGAAAAUGAUAUCAUUAAAGUUGCUGAAUUAAUUCACAAAGGUUUGAACUUGGCGUUGGAUGCUCAAAAAGUAUCUGGUCCAAAAUUAGUGAACUUCAAAUCCACUCUUACUUCAGAUCCAGUGUUUGUUAAUCGUGUAAAAGACAUUACGAAAGAAGUAGAAGAUUUUGCAGAACAGUUUUAUAUUCCUGAACAAUAA